CCACAUAAAAUAACAUCAAUAAGAAAAACCAAACCAUGGAAGUUGAAAUUCCUGUUGUGAUUGUAGGUGCUGGGCCUGGUGGCCUAGCAACCUCAGCAUGUCUUAACAAACAUUCAAUCUCAAACAUUAUCUUAGAGAAAGAUGAUUGUCAUGCAUCUCUUUGGAGGAAAAGAGCCUAUGACCGUUUGAAACUUCACUUGGGCAAAGAUUUUUGUAACCUACCUCACAUGCCUUUCCCAUCUGAUUUCCCAACCUUUGUCCCUAGGGUUGAUUUCCUUCGUUAUUUGGACGAUUAUGUGACUCAAAUGAAGAUAUGCAUCCAGUACAACCGGUAUGUCAAUGAUGCUUCUUUUGAUGUCACUGAUGGGAAAUGGAGGGUUUGUGUGCAUGAUACUACAUUGAAUGUUAAUGAGAUUUAUGUUGCUGAUUAUCUAAUUGUUGCAACUGGAGAAAACUGUGAUCCUUACAUUCCCAUGAUAAAUGGGCUUGAAAGCUUUGAAGGUGAAUAUCUUCAUUGCAGCAAAUAUCUGAAUGGAAGGCUGUGGUAUGAUAAAAAUGUCUUGGUUGUUGGUAGUGGAAAUUCUGGCAUGGAGAUUGCUUAUGAUGUCUCUACUUGGGGUGCAAAUACCUCCAUGGUUAUAAGAAGUCCCGUACAUUAUCUUACAAAGGAAAUGGUGUACAUUGGAAUGUCUUUGCUGAAAUACAUAAGUAUUGAAAAGAUCGACAAGCUUAUGGUGUUUAUGAGCAAAAUGGUGAAUGGAGAUAUGUCUAAGUACGGCUUGGUCAGACCAAAGGAUGGACCCUUUGCCAUGAAAAAGAAGGGUGGCCGUACGCCUACCAUUGAUGUUGGCUGCGUCAAACAGAUCAAGAAAGGCAAAGUUAAGGUGUACCCCGCUAUUUCAAGCAUAAAAAAGGGUAAGAUCAUUGAGUUUGCUGAUGGAAAAAGGGGUCAAUUUGACGUCAUAGUCUUUGCUACUGGAUACAGAAGCAGCGUUCAGAAGUGGCUUAAGGAUUACAAAGAGCUGUUCAAUGAGAAUGGAAUGCCUAAAGCACGUUUUCCAGAUCACUGGAAAGGAGAAAAUGGAAUCUAUUGUGCUGGAUUCUCACAAAAUGGAUUACAAGGCAUUCAUUUUGAUGCUCUGAAAAUUGCAAAUGAUAUCAGUUUCACUGUUAAUGCAAUGAAGCAUCAUGAUGCUGAGGCCAAUGCUGAAAUCAAGUUAUUGGAUGAAUGAGUUUUUAUCACCUGAAAGUAUUAUACUACUUGUACUUUCUGCUGCUGGUUUACUUUUAAGUGUAUGAUUAAGUUAUAGUUCUUUGGAAAUUUGGUGCAUGCAUGAGUCAUAUGGUUUAGAUUUAUAUGAAAGACAAUCAAAUGUGUCUAAGUUAUGUCAUGAAAUAAAACGACUGUAUUGUAUCGAAAAAAAAUGAAUGUACUUUUC